GUUAUUGUGUAUAUAGUGAAUACUGUAGUGUAUAACUGUGCUCACGUGUCUCAUUGGGUCCACUCUGUGUCAGGUGUGCUGCGAGUCGGUGGGAUGGAGGUUUUCACGUCCAAUGAGGUGGAGGCGGUGAACGGGACAGAAGUGAGACUGAAGUGCACCUUUAAGUCCAAACACCCAGUGUCCCACUCCUCUGUGGCUGUCUCCUGGAACUUCCGUCCCCUUGGCCAGGGAGCUGAGGAGUCGGUGGGUGACCUUUCCACAAUGGGAGCAGAACUAACAAUUGUCAUACAGCGAAUGUGUCUGAAUUAGGAGGGAGACUGGGUUAGCAUCGUAAACCAGCUUGACUACUGGAUAGACAUGGGACAUGGAGGCUUUGUUGAGCAGAGUAUUACGUAAAACAUCAACAUUUUAGAGCAGAGCAUAAUUGUAAGUGUGUGUGUCAGGUGUUUUACUACCAGGAGACGGCGUACCCCCCUACAGAGGGGCGGUUUAAGGGCCAUGCGACCUGGUCAGGGGACAUCCUGAGACAGGACGCCUCCAUCAGCCUGCAUGAAGUCCCCUUCACCUUCAACGGCACCUACACCUGCCAGGUCCGCAACCUGCCCGACGUCCACGGCAUCAAUGGAGAGGUCACCCUCAGGGUUGUCCAGAAAGGUAAGUCAGUCAAUCACUUCACUCACUCACUCACUCACACUGGUGUGUUGCAUAGAAACCUUAGCAAGGACUAAUGUAUUGUUGUGUGUGUGUGCGUGUGUGUGCUGGCUGUGCUGCUCCUUCCAGUCUCCAUCUCUGAGAUAGGCAUCCUGGCUGCAGCCAUCGGGGGAACCAUCGCCAUAGUCCUGGUGCUGCUGGGUCUCUUCAUGGUGUUCAAGUACUGCAACCGCAACCGCCAUGCCAACACAGACAUGGAGCUGCAGGGGAGGAAACUGCAGGAAACCAGAGAGCUACAGGCCAGGGUCCUACAGGAGAGAGAGUUGCAGGCCAACAUCCUACAGGAGAAAGCACUGAAGGCCAGUGAGGAGUGUAAGGACCCUACAGUGUGGUGA